AUGUCGGGGGCGGACUUAGAGCCGUCGGGCGAGGCAGCGGGCGAGGCGUGGAUACAAGUGGAGGACGGAACGAGCCCACGCGAGAAUCGCAAGAGCGGCCUCGUAUGGGCAGGUAGGUGCCCUCUCGUGCUCCGCGCGCACGCGUCUCACAAUCCGCGGUUAACCGCUUGGGCUGACUCAACCCCCUCCAUCCCCGCCUCGCCAUUCAUCUCAUUCCCUCCUCGGCAUGGCAGGCCCGGCGCAUGCGCAGCGACAGCGGGGGCGGGGCGCAGCGAGGGCCGCGGGUGUGACGGACGGCACGCAGUGUUUUUUCCCGGCGCGCCUCUCCAAGUACUUCCCCUUCGGCUCGCUGCUCGUCCUCAACUUCGCCUUCGUGCGUCCCGCUCCGCGCCCUCCCUGCUCCCGUUCCUCCCACCUCUCGCUCUUUCCUUUCUUCGUUUUCUUGCCCGUCGCUUACUUCCUCCUUCGCUGCCCUGUCCAUCUCAUCACUUUCUCCUGCCGCCACUCCUCUCCCUCCAUCCCUCGCUGUCGCCUCGUGCGUCUGCCCGUGCGGGGUACGCGCAGGUGUUGGCGUCGUGCGCGGGGGACGCGGCGAGUCGCAAGACGGCGAUCACGGUGGCGCUCAUCUGGUGCCUCCUCGCCUCCACGCUCCUCGCUUUCCUCAAGCGCCUCCCGCCCAACUCGCCGCGGUACGGCGGCGCUAGGGUGCUGCGCACGGCGACGGCGGACUUCGUGCUGAUGUGCGAUGCGCACGUGGUCGGGCACGCCGCCAUCUCCGCCGUCGCGUUCACGUCGCUCGGCUUCUUCACCGAGUCCGUCCGCCAGCCGCUCUUCCCUGGCGUGGAGCCGCUGUGGUUCCUGGCGGCGCAGUACGUGCUGCUGCUGUUCGCGUGUCUUCUCACGCUCGUCGUCGUCGACGCCACGCCCGGCCUCACCACCAUCCCCUUCCCCUUCCCCCUCGCGCUCCCCGCCUCCCCGCCGCGCAACCAUGCCUGCGUGCACGCCUGCCCCGGGCACCGCGCCUGCCUGCCUUCGCGCCUACCCGCCUUUCCGCGCUCCACCGACCUCCGCUCGUCUGGCGGCUCCGCGUUGUUCGCCGCCAGUGCCGCCGCUGCUGCCGGCGGAAAGUCGGGCGAGCAGGCGGGAGGCGCGACUCCCCGAAGAACCCCCUCCUGCACGCCCUACUUGCUGCAGCUGGCGCGCGAGGCAGGCGCGCCCGUCGCGCCAAUGACCCCCGAUGCGCUGCUACCCGCAGAGGCCGCGCAGCCAGGCAGAGGAGAGCGAGUGAAGGAAGCGACAGACGAGGUCGGGAGGAAUGAGGGCGCGGGAAUAGAAGACGAGCAGCGGAGUGUGGGUGCUGUAAGGCCGGCGGCCGGGGAACCAGGGGGUAGGCAAGAGAGAGGGGCGGAGGACACAGUUGCGCCUGGCGGAGACAAGUCAGCGGAGGGAGCUGGGGACGUUGGUAGGGGGGAGAUGGCAGAACCAGAGGGCAGUGCGGAAAAGCAAGAAGCGGAGCGGAACGAGCAGGAUGUGCGGGGCUGCAGCGAGGGGAGGGAGAUGGAACGGGCGGGGCGGGCUGAGGCGGAAGCACGGAGGGAUGCGGGCACAGAGGCAGCAGAGACGACGAAGGAAGUAGACGAAGGGACGGGAGUGAGCAGCAGCACGGCGGUUGACGCGUCCACAGCCACUGACGCCUCGCCCGCGUGUGCCGCCCUGCCUUCCUCUGCCAGCCCUGUCCGGGUCUCCACAGCCCCUGCUGCUGCCGCCGUCGCUGCUGCGCCGGCACGGGCUGCCAAGGCGCCUGUCGCUGCUGGCAGCCGAGCGGGCAACAGCAGCGGCGGCGGCGGUGCAGCGAAGGCAGGAGGCGGAGGCGCGUGGGCGAAGGCGAGCGGAAGGCGGGAAUUGUGGGGCAGCGCGACUGCGAAGGCGGGCGCAGGGGGGGCAGCGGAGCCUGGGAAGAGAAACAGCAAGGCGGGGGCCGAGAGGGGCGCCAGGGGCGGAGGUACUGGCGGGCGGACGACGGGGGGGAGGCGGGAGAGGAGGGCUGCAGAUGAGGGGGAGGGCGAGGGGGGAGAUCCGCGUGCAGCGGAGGGGAAGGAGGGGUGCAUUGCAGAGAUCAAGGUGGAGCAGCACGGCGUGGAGGCGGAGGAAGAGCGCGCACGAGAGGAGGCGGCAGAUGAGGGCUGCAGCCCGGGGGAGGGAGAGCGAGUGGCAACGGCGGAGGGGCUAGAGGGGGAAGAGGCGGAGGGGGCAGCAGGUAGGGAGGAGGCGGAGGAGGGGGCAGCAGGGGGGAAGGAGGUGGCGCAGGAGGGGGAAAAGGGUGAAGAGGCGGAAGAUGGGGCAGGAAGUGGGGAAGGGACUGAGGAGGAGGGGCAGGAAGUGCGUGAGGAGAUGACGCGGCGCCUGGUGGUGGCGCGAUUCCACAGCCUCGUCAGCCACGUCAAGACCGCCGCCGCUGCCCUCCUGCAUGCCCACGCCGCCGAGGGGCGCGCCUCACCCCCAAGCACGGGCAGUCCGCCAGAGUGUGGCACGGGGGAGGGCGGAGGUGGGGAGCGGGAGAGGGCGGAGGCGGAGUAUGAGGGGGCGGUGCAGCAGGUGGGGCGCAUGGUGGGCGCCAUGGGGGGCAUGGGCCUGCAAGACCACGUGACUGCAUGGCUUGCUUGUGACGCACACCUCCCCGCCCUCCUCUCCGCCUCCCGCCCCAUCCCCCUCUCGCCCUCACCCUCGCACUCCCCUGCCCUCCCGUCCCCCCACCCCUCCCCCGCCUGCUCCCCCUAUCUCGCCUCCCCCGCAUCCACCAGUCCCUUCCCGCCGCCCCUGGCCGCCUUCAUCCCCCCAGUGCUGCUCCCCGCCCUGCGCCUCCUCCCCUCCCUCCCCCCCUCCUCCCCCACGCGCCUCCUCUUCCUUCGCCUCUGGCUCCCUCCCCUCGCCUGCGUCCCCCCGACCCCUGAAGUGCGCGCAGCACUGGGGGAAGUGGUGGAAGCGAUGGGGAAGGAGGAGAGGACGGAGGUGGACAAGAUGGUGGGUCAAGUGAUGAGAGCGUGGGGGAUGGCGGAGAGCCGUGAGCAGGUGGGGAGGGAUGAACCGAGCAGUAGCUUGGACCGUCCUCGCCCUACCCUUCCUCGAGUGGUUGUCCCCACGUUCCCGGAGCGGAACCGCCCGCAGGGACAGCAGAAGCGCAACGCCGAUGCUGACCCGCCAUCCCCUCGCCAUCGCAUGACGAAACGCCAGCGCAAGGGAAUCACCGCGAAGGAGAAGCUCCACUGGUUGAAGAUGCCGGACUCGCAGCCCGACCUGUCGAAUCGCGCCCUGGCGAAGCUCGCGAAGGUGCAGCCAUGCCAGAUCCGCGAUUGGAAGAAGAUGAGGGAGCGGCUGGAGGUCUCUUCCAGCUGCCGUCGUCGCCUCAUGGGAGCUGGCCGCAAGUCCAAGUUCCCUUUCAUGGAACGGGCGGUCUACCGCCAAUUCCUCAAGCACAGGGGGAGGGGGCUCGCCGUUUCGGGUGAGGUGGAAGUCCUUGACGACGUCAACGACCUGGUUGACGACGAGCUCGUCGUCAACCCCUUCUACGCCGAAGUCCCCAUGCCGGCCGAGGUGCUGCAGGCGGCGGCAGAGGAGGCUGACGCCGCUGAGGAGGACGCGGAAGCGGCGGCGGCAGAGGAGGAGGGGGGCGUGCUUGAGGAAGGCGGGGAGGCAGAAGAGCCCAGCGAUGACGAAUGGACAGUAGUGAGUGGGGGGGAAGUGGGAAAGGCGAGAGCUUGCGGUGGUUGCGAGGCAUUGCUCUCACCUUGGCCAUUCCACCCCGGCUCACUCCACCGCAUGGGACCUGCACCUGCACUGCACCCCCCUGGCCAAGACACCAACGCACAACACAAUGCCCCCCUCCUCCCACCCCGGUCCGACCCCCAUUGCCCAUAUGCUGCUCUUCCCCUGUCCCCCCACCCAUCCCAGUGCAACAGGCUGCGCUCAUAUGGGCAGCACCCAUUGCAGUCCCUGCCACGCGGUGUGUACGAGCACAUGCACCUGCUCUUGAGGCCGUGGGGGCUGCCUGCCUCCACUGCAUGCUUGCCCACUCCCACCCUUGCCCACCUUCGCGCACAGGCUUACACCCCCUCUCCCAGCUGUGCUGCUGCCUGCCGUGCUGGCAGGCGCUGUGGAUGGUGA